UCCCUGUCUUUGCAGGUGGACUCCUGCGCCGAGGACUCCCGCCUCCUGUUCCGCCACCAGGCCUGCGCCGACGUCCCGGGCUCAGAGAGCUUCGAGGAGGAGCUGGUGUGCCUUGGCUCGUGGAAGGACGGCUCCAACCACUACCUGGUGGGGAAGGUGAACCACAUCCACGCCAACAGUGACGAGGACCGCUACAGGUGCUUCAUCUACGAGCACCCGCACCGCCAGGGGGACACCGCCACCUGGAACCUCGCGCAGUCCGCCGACGCCACCUGCCAGGGCCUCAUCUCCGCCCACGAGGGAAGCAAGACCAUGAAGCUUACGAAAGUGACCCACAGCGGCAAGAAGUGCAAGUUCCCGGCGUGGCUGACCGCCCACCGCCACUGGCACACGCUCGACUACAGCCAGAGCUACUACGUCUACCACAAGAACACGUCCCUUCGGAUCAGCAACGGGACGGCCGCUCCGGAGGACCUCGAGACCCGGGGCCACACCGACCUCCGCCUCGUGUGCCACAAGUACGAGAGCCACCGCGACCACCGGCGCAGCGACCACCACACCGGGGACCACCACAAGCACCACCGCGACCACAGGGAGCACCGUAGCAGCGAGCACACCGAGGACGACUAUGUCACGGUCGUGGUUCACGUCACGGUGGGAUGCAAGAGCGGCUACCAGUGCAUGCGCAUCUACCGCCGCGACGACCACGUGGUGCAGGCGCGCGUGGGCGAGCUGGCCUUCAUGGCGGAGGAGGCGUGCUCGACCCACUACUGGUCGCCCACGUCCACCAACCUCACCACCCUGGUCGCCGCCGGGGGACCGCCGCGCUCCUGCGGCACCUUCGGCAGGUACAGCGUGACCGAUCCGACGGCUACGUGCGCCGGAGACACGCGGUCCUUCACGCGCGUCACCGUCGGCUGCUCCACGGGCGAGGAGCUGCAGCUGCACGCGCGCUGCCCCGAGGAGACCAUCAACAGUGAGUAG